AUGUCUGAAUUCAGCAUCCUCACGCCUAAUGCGAUGCUCGGGUAUGGGUAUCGCAGCGAGCAUUUCUGGUAUGGCAUCGAGCGGUUCGCCCCCAAGGCCAUCAUCGUGGACAGUGGCUCCACCGACGGCGGACCCUACAAGCUGGGAUUGAACAAGAUGACCUGUGGGCGAGACUCGUACAUUCGUGACCUGACCCCUAUCCUGCAGGCCUGCUUCCAUCGCAAGAUCCAGGUGCUGAUCGGGUCGGUGGGCGGCGAUGGGAGCGAUCUGCACGUCAAGGAGAUGUUCGACAUCAUCCGUGAAAUCUCCGCCAAAGAGGGUUUCUCCUUCAAGGUGGCAACCAUCUCGGCCGGCUUCAAUCGCGAUCUCCUGAAUCAGCGCAUCGAAGCUCACCAAGUCAGUCCCUGCGGCCCCGUGGAGGAGCUGACGCUGGACAGCGCCAACCGCGCCAUCGAUAUCGUCGCGCAAAUGGGCGCUGAGCCAUAUUUGAAAGCGCUGGAGUCACAACCAGAUAUCAUCUUGGGUGGUCGAUCCUACGACCCUGCCCCGUUUGCUGCAUUCUCGAUGUUUCAUGGCGUCCAGCCCGGCGUGGCGUGGCAUAUGGGCAAGAUCAUGGAGUGCGGCGGGAUUUGCGCCGUGCCCAAGGGCCGGUCGAUGAUCGCCACUCUGCGCGAGGAUUCCUUUGACCUGACGCCACUGUCACCGCGAGAAAGAUGCACACCACUCUCCGUGGCCGCCCACACACUCUACGAAAAGACCCGACCCGAUCGUCUGCCCGGGCCCGGUGGCGUGCUGGAGCUGGACAACGCGUCCUACGAGCAACUGACCGAGAAGACGGUGCGUGUGCGUGGAGCUCGCUUUGUCCGCAGUCCAGUCUAUCAGGUCAAACUCGAGGGCGUCGAGCAGUUGGGAUACCGCACCAUCUUCAUUGGAGGCAUCCGUGACCCUAUUUUGAUAAGCCAAAUCGACCGCUUCCUGGCCGAAGUGCGCGCCUAUACCCAGAACCUCUUCCCCCAACUCGACCAGUCGCCCCAAUGCCAGCUUCUAUUCCACUUCUACGGCCGCAAUGGGACAAUGGGACCCAUCGAGCCGACGCCGACCCCGGCGCACGAGCUGGGAAUUCUCGGAGAGGUCGUGGCGCCGUCGCAGGAGCUGUCCUACACCAUCGCCAACAAUGCGCGCGCCUCCAUCCUGCACAUGCCCUACGAAAACCAGGUGGCAACCACGGGCAACUUUGCCUCACCUCUGUCACCGCACGAGACGGCUGCUGGGCCUGUCUUUCGCUUCAACGUCUAUCAUUUGGUGAACCUGACGUUGGGCGAGGAGGCGGCAUUGUUCCCGGUGCAAUUCGCCGCCAUCCAUUGUCCCCGGCGACCGGAUUGUCCCAUCCCCGGACUGACGGAUGUGCAGAGGGCUCAGAUAGAGUCGGAGACGUUAGAGCCACUCUCCUUCAAGCCAUUGCCGCAGGGCGAAUGUCAGAUGCUGGAGAUUGCCAAGAUCAUUCGAUCCAAGAACUCAGGACCAUUCGAGCUGACAUUUGAUAUCAUGUUCGACACUCGCGAGGCAUACGAACGCGUGAAAGACGCUGACAUCCUGACCAGCGAGCGUAUUAUGGGCCUGUAUCACUUGCAGCCGAAGGACAUCAUCACAAACAUGUUCUUCGAGCCCGCUCUGGCUUGGAAGUGUACCAUCCGUAGACCCUGGCAGCAGGGAACCGUGGGCGAGCGCGACACCCUGGGCACUCAGCAACAUGGACCUUUGCUCACGAUUACUGUCCCUACCAGCAGCUCAGCAUCCAAGCUGCCCACGGCCAUCGCUUCGCGUACCCCCUUUCAAGAUCGCUCGCACUUCAGGGCCAAAGAUAGCGUUGCCCACAUCUGGGGUGGCCUUGGAUUGCCCCCGGCGACUCUCAACUCGCUGCACCUCCCUGGCCAUGGAUUUGGUCUUCCUUCCUCCUUCAAAAUUGCGCACCUGGCACAGACCUCGAUCGGACUAUCAGCAUUGCUAGCAGCGCAGAUACAAGCCCUGCGUAACAACACCCCCGUGCCCACUGUUACGGUGCCGCUCCAACAUGCCGCCAUCGAAUUCAAAUCCGAACGUCUCUACACCCUAGCCAACAAACCCGCCCCGUCUCCCUGGGGUCCUAUCGGCGGCCUACACCGUGCCUCAGACGGAUACGUGCGUCUCCACGACUCGUUCCCCAACCACCGUGACGGCGCCAAAGCUCUCCUAGGCUGCUUCGCAGAUGCGAACCGCCAGGACGUGGCCGCUCAAAUCGCCUCCUGGCGCGCCGUCGACCUCGAAUCAGCCGCCUUCGAUGCCAAAAUCGUCAUAUCUGCUCUGCGCAGCUACUCCCAGUGGGACAUGCUCCCUCAAGCCCGCGCCAUCGCCGACUUCCCCAUCCUCCUGCGUAAGAUCGGCGACGCCCCGGCAGGUCUCCCUUCAUCCAUGCAGGCGAGCUCGGCAGAUAAAUGCCUACGUGGCCUGCGCGUGCUAGAGCUCUCGCGCGUCAUCGCUGCACCACUCGCAGGCAAAACGCUAGCCGCACACGGCGCCGACGUUCUGUGGGUAACCAGUCCUAACUUGCCGAACCUCCCCACGAUGGACCGCGACUUCGGGCGUGGCAAACGCACCAUCCAGGUCGAUUUAACACAGCGCCCGGACGACCUGUGGCCACUCCUAGACGGUGCGCACGUCUUUAUCCAGGGCUUCCGUCCCGAGAGCCUAGCGGCGCGGGGUUUCGCCCCCGCCGCGCUGGCAGCUCGGUACGCCGGUCGCGGCAUCAUCUGCGCGAAUAUGUCGGCAUAUGGACCGGACGGGCCCUGGGCUGGACGGAGGGGCUUCGACUCGCUGAUCCAGACAUGCAGUGGCAUGAAUGUGUCGGAAGCGGAGCAUUUCGGGGCCGGGGAGCCGGCGCGCCCGACGCCGUGCCAGGCGUUGGACCAUGCGGGUGGGUACUUCCUUGCAGCGGGAAUCGAGGCGGCGCUGUAUAAGCAGGCGACAGAGGGUGGAUCCUGGUCGGUGGAUGUGUCGUUGGCGGGUGUGAUGAAGUACCUGAGGUCCUUGGGGCAGUGGGAGGGACGGACUGGAUUCCAGUGCAGAGAUUAUACGUGCACUGCUGAUGUGCCGGAUGAGUAUCUGGAGACUAGGGAGACGGGGUUCGGAGUUUUGACGGCGGUUAGGCAUUCGGCUAGUAUUGAGAACGUGCAGGUUGGGUGGGAUUUGAUGCCGAAGCCGUUAGGAGCGGAUGAGAUGCGCUGGCUUUAG